AUGUUGUUCCAGAUUUGUGGGUGCUAUUUUUCUACCAGCUCUCAACACAACACYAAGUUUUAUACUGAUCCUGUGGAAGCUGUGAAAGAUAUACCCAAUGGGGCAACUAUACUUGUUGGAGGUUUUGGAUUAUGUGGGAUCCCUGAAAACCUCAUAGGGGGGCUGCUGAAGACGGGAGUAAAGGGAAUAACGGCUGUGAGUAACAAUGCAGGUGUUGACAAUUUUGGACUUGGUCUUUUGCUUCAGACUAAGCAGAUAAAGCGCAUGAUCUCAUCAUAUGUGGGAGAGAACGCCGAAUUUGAACGCCAGUAUUUAUCUGGGGAGCUUGAGGUAGAGCUCACACCACAGGGGACGCUUGCUGAACGCAUCCGAGCAGGAGGAGCAGGAAUCCCUGCAUUUUACACCAGUACUGGUUAUGGGACUCUGGUGCAGGAAGGGGGAGCUCCUAUCAAAUACAACACAGAUGGUACAGUUGCCAUUGCCAGCCAGCCAAGAGAGGUGCGAGAAUUUGAUGGCCGUCACUUUAUUAUGGAGAAGUCAAUUACAGGAGAUUUUGCUCUUGUGAAGGCUUGGAAGGCUGAUCGUGCAGGAAACAUCAUUUUCAGGAAAACUGCAAGGAACUUCAACCAACCUAUGUGCAAAGCUGCCAAGACAACUGURGUGGAGGUGGAAGAAAUUGUUGAUAUAGGAGCAUUUGCGCCAGAAGACAUCCAUGUGCCCAAAAUCUAUGUUGACCGUCUGAUUCAGGGAGAGAAGUUUGAGAAGAGAAUUGAACGCUUAUCAAUCCGAAAGCCUGAAGACUCAAAAGCCAAACAGAAACAAGGAGACAACGUGAGGGAGAGGAUCAUCAGACGAGCAGCUUUGGAGUUUGAGGAUGGCAUGUAUGCGAAUCUGGGGAUUGGAAUCCCGCUGUUGGCCAGUAACUUCAUCAGUCCGGAUAUAACCGUGCACUUGCAGAGUGAAAAUGGAGUCCUGGGUUUGGGUCCUUAUCCACUUGAAAAUGAAGUGGAUCCAGACCUGAUUAAUGCAGGAAAAGAGACAGUCACUGUUCUUCCAGGCUCUUCCUAUUUCUCUAGUGAUGAAUCAUUUGCCAUGAUAAGAGGAGGCCAUGUUGACCUGACAAUGCUUGGGGCUAUGCAGGUGUCCAAGUAUGGUGACCUGGCCAACUGGAUGAUUCCUGGCAAGAUGGUGAAAGGCAUGGGGGGUGCCAUGGACCUCGUAUCCAGCGCRCAGACCAAGGUGGUUGUCACCAUGGAGCAUUCGGCCAAGGGCAAUGCCCAUAAAAUCCUGGAGAAAUGCAAUUUGCCACUUACUGGGAAGCAGUGUGUAAACCGCAUCAUUACAGAGAAGGCUGUGUUUGACGUGGACAAGAAAAAGGGGCUGACCCUGGUGGAAAUCUGGGAAGGGCUGUCAGUGGAUGACAUCAAGAAGAGCACUGGCUGUGACUUCGCAGUUUCGCCAAAACUCAUCCCAAUGAGGCAGAUUUAAACCUGAAGUACAGACUGGGCCAGACGGCUUGUCCCCAGAUGGGAGCACAGUGGAGAAAAAUUGAUGUCUGUUUUGCGAUUUUCCUUUUUUUU